ACUGGUCGAUCUCCGUCGCGCCGCCGCUCUUCAUUAUCUUCGGAUUAGACGUGUACAUCUGAAAAGAGAUGAGAUUUUGAGUUGAGUUGAAUGACAAUGGGCGAUUACUGCGCGAUGGACGUGAAAGACGACUACUGGGAAGAUGCAUUUGAGAACGAAGGAGUACUAGUGGAAAAAAAUUCCGUGCCGCAAGGUAACUUCCUGGUCAAUCCGAACGCGGUGGCGACGCCAAGCCAACAGGAUCUACUGACGUUGGUUACUGAAGUUGAAAAGGCGAACUACCGUAUAAAUUGCAGUACACUCGACAAGGUGGAAUUGAUUGCACAACAAAUGACGUUCUUGGAGAAGCUGAAAGAAGAGUUGGGCAUAGAUGAGUUUAUCAUGGAAAAGAGCAACAAGGAUACGUAAAUCGAUCUGCAUAAUGUGCGUUGCAACUUUGUGAAGCAGCCUGGUCACUUGUAUAAACGGCACUCGGGACAGCGUUAUUUUUCUAUGCUCAGCCCGAAGGAUUGGGGCGAUACGACUUCGUGGCAGGUAUACAUCGAUUCCUAUAGAAUGGAAUGGGAGCGUACGUGGACCCCGGCAUCCCAAUUGGUGGCAAAGAACGAGGAAUUAAAAAGGUUCUGGCGACCCACAUCUCCCAAGACACUCAGUUACGAGCAGUCACAUUAUGUAAGUAACCAGCACGUGAUGCAACCAAGUGAAUUUGUUGUGUUACAGCCAAGUUGUGAAAAAAGUGUAAGAUGGGAACGCGGCAUGUUGAUCAAGAAAGAUCUAGCGGCACUACCAAACUAACUUAUUAAGCAUCCUCGCAGUG